ACAACCAUAGAAUAGUGAUAUAGGAUCCGUUGCAGAAAUUGAAAUGCAGUUGAUCGACAGGGGAGAGUAGCAGAGGAGACAAAAUGAGAGUGCUGAGGCGAGGGGUUUGGUCGGUGGGCAAAUCCUUGCAUUGGACCCGCGUACAUGAGGAUCAUGUGGGACUCACCUAUACACACUGAGGCCCCACUCAUCAGAAACUUCAAGUUACUUUCCUUUUAUUCUCCCCGUUACUUUCUCUGUUCUCGCACGUUCUCUUCUUCUUCUUCUUCCUCACCCUCGCCGCCGCGUGAUCCAUCUCGCCCCUCGACACCUUCGCGGCCGCGCGCGAUCCUUCGAGCUCGCGCUGCUCAAUCAAGCCUCAAAUCUCGGUCCGUAGGGGUCAUCCUUUUGCGUGUUGAAGCCAUGACGGGCUAUGUUCGUGUAAACAGGGCAAGCGUUUCCAGGUGAGACACCCUCGUCGCCACGAGAUCUUUCGUCGUCGAACAACUCGCGUCGAUUUUUGACCACGCAUGGGUCAAAUUCUGAUUAAUAGACGUAGCGUAUUUUGUCUAUUCAUCAAUUCUUGUUCUGGCCAGAGUGCGGAAUCAAGAUUCAACCGACACACAGAACUCGCUAGGGUCGUUCAGUCAUUCUUAUUAUGCCACUUAUGAUUAGUUGGUGCUCUUGCUUGGUCUUCUUCAUCCUACUUCAGGCAAGUCAAAUAGCCAGGGGCGUGGUUCGCAAUAUUACGACAUCGGAGCCCCUCUUCCCGAACCAAACUCUCGUCUCCCCUGGCCAAAUCUUCGAGCUUGGGUUCUUUACGCCGAAUGGCUCAGGAAAUCAGUAUGUUGGGAUAUGGUACAAGAACUUCACCCCUUCUAAAAUCGUGUGGGUGGCCAAUAGGGAAAUGCCGCUCGUGUACACGGAUCAGUCUGCAAAAUUAACCAUAGGCAGUGAUGGGAAUUUGAAGCUCGUGGAUGGACAACAGAAUAUAGUUUGGUCUACCAAUGCCUCUGGUCGGUCUGAUUAUACGUCAGCGGCGCUAUUAGAUAGUGGAAAUUUUGUACUGCAAGAUGCAAAUUAUAGUGAAAUAUGGGGAAGCUUCGACAAUCCGACAGACACUCUUCUUCCAAACAUGAAGGGGGUAGUAAAUGCCAGGACUGGGGAGAAACACUACUUAAUUUCCUGGAGAAGCGACAGUGAUCCGUCCCCCGGAAGUUUCUUGACUGGGAUGACAUCGGAGACGCCGCCUCAACCUUUCACUUGGAAUGGUUCAACCCCUUACUGGAGAGGCGGGCAAUGGGACAAAUUGAAAUUUAUCGGAAUACAAAACAUGGGCCAAUUGUACUUGAGUGUGAUCGAUAUCCGGCAAGAUAUUCAGCAGGGGACCACUUACUUCUCGUACGAUAAUUACAAGUACCCGUUCUUUGGAUACAUGUUUGUUUCGCCUGGAGGAUCUUUUAAGAUCGUGUAUUGGGAUGUUGGAGCAAAGGUGUGGUUGACAUACUGGGCGGGACCGAACAAUACUUGCGAGAUUUAUGGAACUUGUGGUCCAUUUGGAGUUUGUAACUCAAUAAAUUUUCCUAUUUGCAGAUGCUUAGAUGGGUUUGUGCCAAAGUCAAAUGAAGAAUGGAACAGUGAAAACUGGACUGGAGGAUGUGUAAGAGAGACAGAAUUGAAUUGCCAGAAAAACACAAGCACAUCGGCUUCAACAAUCGUAAAGAAUGAUGUCUUUUGGCAAAUGAGCCGGAUGAAACUACCUGACUCUGGGGACUAUUUAUCAGGCAUUCGAGAUCAAGAAGGAUGUUUAAGCUGGUGCCUGAGCAACUGUUCUUGCAUGGCUUAUUCUUAUGUCAGCACCAUCGGGUGUAUGGUUUGGACUAAAGAAGACCUCAUCGAUCUUGAGGAAUUUUCCACGGCUGGAGAAGAUCUAUUUGUUCGAGUUGCACAUGUAAAAGCAGGAGGACCGCCACAUAAAGCAGUUAUCAUCAGCCUGAGUACUGUUGCCGGGAUCAUGUUCUUUGCAGUAUUUGUUUUUGGUCUUUGCAAAUGGAGAGCCAAGAAAAUAGGAAACUUUCGAAAAAUUUUAAGGCUCCUUGACUCGGUAGAUAAACCUGAAAAGCCGGGCGAACAGCUUAAAGGAAAUGCAUGGAAAGAGCAGUUGAAGCAAGAUGAUGCACUGGAAUUGACCCUUUUCAGUUUUGAUAGCAUACUGCUUGCUACAAACAAGUUCAGCACGACAAGUAAGCUCGGGCAAGGAGGGUUUGGCUCUGUUUAUAAGGGAAAGAUGAAUGAUGGGAAAGAGGUAGCUGUGAAAAGACUUUCCAAUAGCUCGGCCCAAGGCAUUCAAGAAUUCAAGAAUGAGAUCGUCCUAAUAUCGAAACUCCAACAUCGAAAUCUUGUUAAACUCAUUGGUUGCUGCACUGAAGGAGAUGAAAAGAUUUUGGUGUACGAGUACUUGCCGAACAAAAGCUUGGACACCCUUCUUUUUGAUUCAAGAAAGAAGGCAGAACUCGACUGGGGCAAACGAUUCCAAAUUAUUGAGGGAAUUGCAAGGGGGCUUCUCUACCUCCAUCGAGAUUCUUGCCUUAGGGUCAUACACCGUGACUUAAAAGUGAGCAACAUUCUUUUGGAUGAAAAUAUGAACCCGAAAAUUUCAGAUUUUGGGCUGGCACGGAUGUUCGAGGGCACUCAAGUUUUGGUGAACACUCACAAAAUUGUUGGAACACUUGGCUAUAUGUCUCCUGAGUACGCCAUGGGCGGGAUAUUUUCUGAGAGGUCUGAUGUCUAUAGCUUUGGAGUGUUGCUACUGGAGAUCGUUAGUGGCAGAAAGAACACGGUCCUGUAUGAUCAGGGAUAUCUCAAUCUCCUUUCCUACGCAUGGCAAUUAUGGAGUGAAGGCAAAGCAUUGGACCUAAUGGAUGAAGCAAUUGAUGUUAGCUUUCCAUUGGAGGUAACAAGAUGCAUCCACGUUGGGCUUCUCUGUGUUCAGGACCAUGCCAUGGAUAGACCAAACAUGACGAAUGUGGUUCUGAUGAUAAGCGGUGAAUCAGAUCUUCCUCAGCCGAGACAACCUAUAUUCACUUUCCAAACUGAAAUGCCAAAUCGUGCUAUUCCAUGGCAGCAAGAAAGCAUCUGGUCUGUUAAUACUGUCACUAAUACAAUGGUCGAAGGAAGAUGAUAGCUAUCUUUCUUCAUUUUUAUUUUCCUUUGCUGGCAGAUGAUUUUGUUGUUAUAUUCCAAGGCAUUAGUGUUUAUUCGAUUCAAGAAUGGCUUUAGUCUGCUCAAUGCAAAAGGUUGAAUGACCUGCUCCACUUUUACAUGGAUUUUAGGCUGUAAAGCAGGGGCUUGGAAUAGCCAGAACUGUUGGUAUUAUGAAGGGAAACUACCAAGUAAUCACCAUGAGGUCUCAUCACAGUUGCGUUAUGA